UUGCCUAUGGGUUCUAAUCCCAUGACCUUUCCGUAUUCGUCUUUUUGUCUUGAAUAGUAAUAGUAGGGGCGAAUGAAAUGAAUAACUUUGAUUCGGGAUCUUACCCUCUUCUAUUUCGGAAUGAUUCAAAGAGAAAAAUGUUAAGUAUCUAGAAUUUCAUUUUGUAUAUUAUAUGGAUGAUCUGAUCCUCAAGAACCAUAGUUGGGAAUUGUUUUCGGUUAAAACAUAGUAGGACUUUUUCCUAAUUUUUUUAAAAUUUAUUUGGCUAGAACCCUUAUUUUUUCAUUCCCUUCCCUCUCUCUCUCUCUUUGCACUCCAUCCCUGCGACUGACGGUGGGCGGCAGCAAGCGGUGAACGGUACGGAAACAGGCGGCGUACGGCAUAUUUGCGACAGACCCAUCUUCUAGAUAAGCUAAUGGGUGAUAAGAAGAAGGCUGGAGCUCUAUUCGUGAGGCUCGUUUCAGCUGCUGGAACUGGGUUUUUCUAUGUAAAGAAGAAGACCAAAAAGCUUCAAACGAGUCAAACAAAACUUGAAUUUAGAAAGUUUGAUCCUCGUGUGAAUCGUCAUGUUUUGUUCAAGGAAGAAAAGAUGAAGUGAUACAAAUGCCAAACUUGUACCAGACUCUUUUCACAUUUGGCUUUCGUUUGUAGCAACCAGACGUGAAUUUAGAUAAAGAAACUUGUAGCACAACAAUACGGUUGGUUUAUUUAGUUCAAUCUACGUAUUGUAAUUCUCUGAAUUCGUUCAUGAUCAUGUUGAAAGAAGCAUAAUUAUAGAA